GGAGGGGAAGCUCUGUUUGCAAAUGAGUUCUCUAAUGUUUCAUCCUGUUCGUUGUUCGCACUUGCGUUGUGGCUCACAGGAAUGAGCUUCCCUAAAAAAUCCUGUCCUUGAGGCAGUGGUCGCAGUCUGACUUUAACAAAAAAAAAAAACGUCUGGCAGCUACAGUUGGGCGUUUGAGGAGGUUUCAGUGAAGUUUCAGAAUGGCUGACUACAACACCGAACCACAAGCGCCCAGCAAACUCAAUCAAGUUCAGGAUCAAGUCAAUGAUGUUAAAGUCAUUCUCAAAGACAACAUCAACAAAGUCCUAGAGAGAGGAGAGCGGUUAGACGACCUGAUCGGCAAGACAGAUGAUCUGCAGGCCACGGCUGACUCGUUUCAAAGGACAUCCACACGUGUUGCCAGAAAGAUGUGGUGGAGAAAUACCAAGAUGAUGAUUAUAAUUGGUGUGGUAGUGCUCGCCAUCAUCAUUUUAAUCAUCCUGUUAGCAACAAACGUCAUUCCCACCUAAUACAACCCAGACAUCCAUUUCAGUCAUUUGUAUACACACACACACACACACACACACACAAAGAAUUACUUUUUUACUCUAAAAGAAACUGGAUUCAUUUAUGUAUAGGUAAAUUACUAUUUUUGACAUUUCAUGUAAAAUUCUAUAUAAAUCCGGGGGUGAAUAUGUAUGGGGUGUACGCAUAUGAAUUAUGAAUUUUUACUUGUCAGAGUUUACUUGUUAUCUUUAUAUAAUGGGACUGAAAACAAGGGAAAGAUGCUUUUAUUGUUAGUAGCCUUCCUUUGAAAGGAUAUCAUUCAUUCAUUCCAAAAACCAUUUCAGCUACAAUUACAUUUCAUGACAAACCUGCAUACCUCCAAUGAACCUUCAUCACGUUAUGACAGUGACUGAUUCCUGAAACAUUUCUCAUGUUUUACCUAAUGUGCUCAGGAAACUGAUUUUAUACACUGAGCGUCUUCUGGGCUGGGUUGAAUUUCGAGUAUGUUUCAUUGUAUAUUUACAUUUCAAUUCAAACCCUUCAGUAAGUAAUCUGUCUUUGUCAAGAGGACGUAUGGCCUGUACAGAUAAUACGUUCUAUAUAGGAAAUACUGAUUAGCAUGUACUUAUUGUGUAAAAAUAAGUACAUAAAAUGAAUUUAAAGGAACAGUUCACCCAAAAGUGAAUUACUUUCCUAAUGGAAAUGACGGAAGAGAACUCCAGUGUCAGUAAAUGAAAGAUAAUCCAGACUAUCUCACUCCAAAAUGAGCACCAUUUCCUUAUUACUCAUGACGAAAUUAUGUAUUUACUUCAAUAUCACAAUUACAAAUAUUGUAUUUAACACUUGAUUUUUAAGCAGAAAGACUGAAAUAGAAUUUUACUGUAAAAGGUAAUCCAAUGUUUAAAUUACAAAAUAUAUUGGUAACACCGGUAGUCUUUAUGAAUAAUACAAUACAUAUUUUCAUAAACAAUCACGUUACACUUUUUGAAGGUGCGACUAUAAAUAGGUAUCACUAUGGUUAUUACAAUUGCUCGCGAGAUCAUACAAUGCAUUAUAAAUUGUGUUUGAAAAGCAGUUUAUUUCCCUUACAAUGCAAAGCUUUAUUAGUGAUUAUAUUCGUUUUGUUAUUCUAACGGCGGGCGUAUUUUAUAGCUGGUGUAAUCUUGACAACGGCAGCAAUAUUUGACAUCAAGCAGAGUAAAAGACGACGAAAGUCUUCGUUUUUGGGUGAGCUAUGACUUUAAUCUCUGCAGAAACAACAGGCGGAAAGAUUCAUACACUUUAUUUUGUACUUUCCAAUGGUUUACAUGACUCUGUAGCAAAAUACUGCAAUAUGAAAUGAAUAUUAAACGACCUACGCCAUGUACGCACUUGUAAGCAAUAAAUUAAUAGGCCUGUAUACAAAUAA